GUGAAUACCAAGCCACAAUGGUUUUUCAAAAAGCUAAAAGACUUGAUAAAAUAAAGAAAAAGCUUCUAGAACUUCCUAUAACUGACAUAUUUUAUUGCUUUAUACAAUAUGAUGACAUCAAUAACGCUAUGGAUUUAGUAUUUGAAAAAUAUAAUUCAAACCUUGAACUUUCACCUCAAAUAGAAUUAUAUUUUGAUUUAGAUAGAACACAUCAAAAUUAUUGCAAAGCCAUUAUGAAAUCAUGGCAAGUUUUACACUAUUAUAUUAUUGUUAAUCUUGCUUUCAAUCUCAAUAUUUUCUCUUCGAUUCACAGGCUACUCGAAUGGAUCAACCUACCUGCUGUUAGCCUUGAAUCACAUUAUGUUUAUAAAUAUGUAUAUUAUCCUCUUGAUACAGUUUUAGAUGGCCUGUUGCAACACUUUCAUCUUUAUGGUCUCAAACAUCCUGCAAAGUGUAUUGCAGAACGCAAGAGUUGGUAUCAUCACCCGCCCUUUGGAUUUUUACCUUCUACAUUUAAUCAAGCCUGGGAAUAUUUUAAUGAUGUUGAGGAUAAAGAAAGAAAUAUUAUUUCUGAAGAAAUUAUAAUUAAAGGAAAUGAUACAACUUGUCUUUAG